AUGGACAAGGCAACAACCAGCCGAGACAGCGCCCAGUCUGGCGACCGCUCGUCCCAAUCCACGGACACGUUUUCUGUCCCCAGCUCGUCUGGCGCCAUUCCGUCGACCGUCGUCGCUCCCAAGGCCAGCCAUCUGCGUGCAGAGGCGGCCCCGACCAACACAGCGGCUGUAUCCAGCACUGCAGCGCCAACCGUGAGCCGCUGGAGCGACGGGACCUUUGGUUCUGCGGCCGGCGGCAGCGAUGCCCCGUCCACGACGUCGGGGGGCUCUGGUCCAGCGGGUAGCUUGAGCACCUACAGCGGCAAAUCGGCCCAGGCAACCACGGCUCAAGCGGCCACUGCGACGGUGGUAGACUUGGGUGCGGCUCGCCAGCCCCAGCACAACGCUGGAUCUACCAACCGCACCCCAUAUCAAGCUCCGAAAGUCGAUAGCUCACAGGUCGUUGCAGAAAUUACCAAUGCCAACCCCGUCUAUUUGAAGAUGGUGCUCUCGAGCGAAGGGUUCUGGCGCCUGGGCGACAAUUUCCCGGCACCCAGCAACCCCCGCAAUGUUAAUUAG